CAACGUACUUUUCCUUCGCGACCGUCCUCACUACUUUAUCUUCGCGACUCCUCCCUCACCUUUCUCUUCCACAUUGUCGCGGCCUUUUGGCAUUGUGCUCUCGUUGCGUGGGUGCAGCCUCUCUGCAUCUUGUUGACGAUGCACGAUUGCGCUUUUGCCUUCGCUCGAGCGCCCGGUGGCCCUCGUUGAUGCUAAUUUGCUCAGCCUGCCUACGUCUAGCUCUUGUCUUUCAGUCUAGUCUUAUAUCCUCUACUUACUCACAGCCCCGUUGCCCCGGGUCACAUCAUUUGAUAGUAAAUGACCCUUCGAGGAUGAUUACAACCCAUAUCACCAAGAUCACUGAGGAAACACCUUAA